AUGGAUCAGUCACCGCUCAACAGCCCCGAGCUACAGCAAUUUAUCAAUCAAGAGCAGCAAAAGGCUAUGGUGAACCAAAUGAUCGGAAAGCUAACGUCCACUUGCUGGGACAAAUGCAUAACGGGUACGCCGGGAAGCAAGUUCAGCUCGAGUGAAGCCACCUGUCUUACCAACUGUGCCCAGCGCUACUUGGAUAUGUCCCUUGUUGUCAUGAAACGUCUUCAACAGUGA